GGCAAUUACUACAGUUGCAUUGUGGGAAGUCCUAGGCCGCAGGCCGGACAACUACCAUGGCGACCAACAUCGAGGAGAUUUUCCGCUCGUUUGUGGUGAAGAAGAUCAAGGAGAUCGAGGACGAGAAGCACCAGAGUGGAAAGGUGACCAAUGAGGCAAAUGGUGAAGUUAAAUUGGAGGUGGAGCCAAAGGAGACCGAAGUUGUGGCUGGAACCAUUUUGGAGGCACAGAUUGUAAACAAUAGUGAUCAUGUGUUAUCCAGCUUAAACGAAAAGCAAAGUGAUAAGCCUGAUAAUAAAGAGAAUGUGACUGUGGACAGCACAACAACAGAACAAGUUAAUUGCCCAGCUCUGGAUAACAAAGAAGAUGGUUCAGCUGCAGCUAAAAAGAGCAAAAAGCAUAAACACAAGCAUCACCACAAGCACAAAAGUAAGAAGAAAAAGAAAAAGAAGAGGAAAAAAGAUAAGAAAAGAGACUCUAGGUCUCGGUCAAAAUCUCAAAUAAGUUUGAAGUCAGACUCUGACUUAAAAUUACGGCCACAAUCGCAAUCAAAGUCCCCCUCCAAAUCUCCUUUACACACUGAAUGUAACAGCAGAGUGAGUGAAAAUUGCUCCCUUUUGAUGAAAUCGGCUAAUUUUGGGUCAAAUAAAAAUGCUGUUGCUGAAGCAAUUGAUGUGAAUACAGUUGUACCAGUAAAAGUUGAGAAAGAAUGCUUGCUGUCUGAAAUUAAGUCAUUCUCUCAAGACAAUUGUAAGACAGAUCAACAUGCAAAAGAGAACUGUACUGUUGACACAAAUAAUGGUAAUGAAUCUGCUACUACUGGAAAUAUUUCUGAAUUGUUGGCUGCACAAUCAACCUGUGAACAAGACCAAACAUCUAAAUUGAUUCAUGAUAGAAGUUCGAGCAAUGAACAGUCUAAAUCUAGUCAGAUUGUUGAGGAAAAUAAUAAACGUGAUCAACCUGAAGAAAGGAGAACUAAAAGAAGUCGGUCAAGAUCUCUUUCAAAGUCAUCAAAACAUCACAAGUCCCAGUUGCACUCCCAUUCUCAUCAUUCUCCUAUAAGAAAAUCCCGUGCCAGCUCAAGUAGUAGACAUGAAUCAAGAAGUUCCAGAAAAAGGCCAUCACCAGCACGACAUAGAUCAAAGUCAACCUCGAGGGAACGAAAGAAGCACACAGAAUCAUCCCCAAAGUCUAAAAGGAAAGCAUCUAGAUCUCGUUCUAUUACAAAAAAAGAACAACGGUCGAAGUCAAAAUCUCGUUCUCCUUUACGGAUACGCCACAAAUCAAGAUCAGACUCUUUGGCAAGGUCCCAAUGUCAGUCUAAAUCAAUAUCACGGCACCGUUCUAGGUCCAGUUCGCGUUCAAAACGCAGGAGUAGAACUCGUUCAGGAUCUUCCCGGCGAUCAAGAUCCAGGGUAAAACGAUCACACUCACCAAGACCCAAGUCAAGGUCCAAAGACCGGGUAUGUCAUCGAUCAGCUUCCAGAGGAUACCUCAGUCAGCUUGUGAGGACACGGAGAUCACCUGAUUGGCGAAGACGAUCCAGAUCUCCUUUAAGGAGAAGCACCAGCAGAACAGCUGAACGUCUCACAGAUUUGGAUAAAGCACAGUUGUUAGAGAUAGCAAAAGCCAAUGCUGCAGCCAUGUGUGCCAAAGCUGGAAUGCCUCUGCCAGCAAACCUGAAACCUGUUGUGCCUCUUGUUAAAGAAGUGAUCACCAAAAAAAGGGGUUGUUCAUCAAUAGAAGAAUUCACAGAGAAAUGCAAGAAAAUAGUCGAAAGCAGCGAUGAUAAUGAAUUGGGUAACAAACCACAUCUCUCUGAAGAGGAUGAACCAUUCAGUAGUCAACCAAUUAAAGUUAAUGAACUGAAACCCAUUUCUUUCAGCUUGAGUCAGAAUGCCACAGUGAAGCCAACAGCAAAAACCCAGGUGGCUCUAACAAAGGAGUUUCCAGUUUCCUCUGGUUCGCAACACAGGAAGAAAGAGGUGCUGAAUGGUUAUGGACAAUGGGUUCCUGUGGAAAAAACCAGUAAAGAAACAACUGAUGAUGUCUUUCCAGAAGUCAGUUCUCAGGUUGUGGAUAUUUCUGCAACAAUGAGUGAGAGAGCAGCCGCACAGAAGCGUCUUGUUAAGAAUCCGUAUGACGUGGAAGCAAUGUCAAUGAUACUCAGAGCACAGGAACAGAUUGAUGUGUGGGCUCAGGCAAACUCUCUGCCUGGUCAGUUCACAGGUAGUACUGGAGUACAAGUCUUGACCUAUGAGGAAUUAACACAUAGUGGUCCUCAAGCCUGGAUCAGGAAGGAUUACAUUCCCUUUGAGGUAUUAAUUGUCCUUUACCUCUACAAGCUGGUAGGCAGAGGGGAAGGGCAAAGAAAGGUGAUGGUUCAUGAUUGAGCUCUGAGCAUCGGCUUCACGGUAUGCAGAUCAUUUGCCAAUUAAGUCCUUUUAGCUGUCUUGUUGUCAUGGGCAACCUAACAUAAUGUCACAUGUAGGAAAUACUUCACACGUGUUCCAUAGUAUCAGCCUCUGCGGAAUCCUUGCUCUCCAUCUCAAAUGUCUUCCCGUUAUACAACAUGUUACAGGCUAUACCAGCCCUGUUAUGACUAUGCAUCUCUGUACGAGAUGUGAAUAAAUUCUGGAGUCUUGGAUCAACAAAUUUAUGGAUGACACUAAGAUUUGGAGCAUAGUGGACAAUGAGGAAGGCUAUCAAAGCUUGCAGCGUGACUGGACCAGCUGGAAAAAUGGUCUGAUAAAAUGACUGACGGAAUUUAAUGCAGACAAGUGUGAGGUGUUGCACUUUGACAACCAGGGUAGGACUUACACAAUGAAUGACAAGGCACAGAGGAGCGGGGUAGAAUAAAGGGAUCUGGGAGUACAUAUCCAUAAUUCCUUGAAAGUGGUGUCACAGGUAAAUAGGAUGGUAAAGAGAACUUAUGGCACAGUGACUUUCAUAAAUCUGGGUACUGAGUGCAGGAGUUGGGAUUUUAUGUUGAAUUUGAGUAAGAUGUUGGUGAGGCCAGAUUUGGUGUCUUGUGUGCAGUUCUGGUCACCUUCUGACAGGAAAGACAUCAGUAAGGUUGGAAGAAUACAGAGAAAAUUUACAAGGCUGUUGCUAGGACUUAAAGAACUGAGUUACAUGGAAAGGUUGAAUAGGUUAGAACUUUAUUCCCCGGAGUGUGGGAGAAUGAGGGGAGAUUUCAUGGAAGUAUACAAAAUUAUGAGGUGUUCAGAUACAGUAAAUGAAAACAAGCUUUUUUUUUAGUGAGGUUGAGUGUGACUAGAACUAGAGGUCUGUCAUUUAAGGGAAGCCUGAGAGGGGAGCCUCUUCACUUAGAGGGUGGUGAGAGCUGCCAGUGGAAUUAGUGGAUGCUGGUUUCAUUGCAACAUUAUAGAGAAGUUUGGAUAAAUACAUGGAUGGGAGAGUAUUGUUCAGCUAGGGGUUGAUGGGACUAGGGUGAAUAACAGAUUAGAUGGGCCAAAGGGCCUUUUUCUGUACCAUUCUGCUUUAUUACUCUAUGGCUCUAAAAAAAUCCAGAUAUUCCUCACCAACAUUUCUCAGGUUUGGAGCAUUACAACUCACAUCUGAGGAUGAGUCUGAAUCAGGAAGAUUUGAGACAGGGAUACCUGUUCCAAGCAAUUUCAGACUCCACAUUUUCCACCGCCUGCAACCUACACAGUGACUUUGCAUAUUUUAGACAAUCUUAUUUUCAUAUUUUAUUUGGCCAAUGAAAGGCUUUUUUAUUGUUACAAAGCAUGUAUUAGGCACUACACAAAAUUCAAAAUACUGACCGCCAAGGACUGACUGGCUGACUGACACGGGAACAGGCAGAGAAUUGCGGGAUAUAGACUCUGUGCAGGCAGAUGUGCAGUUUAAUUUAGCAUUUUGUGGUGGAGGGCAUAUUCUUUUCUAUAUAAGCUUAAAUGAAUCAUUCCAACAUCACUUAAUGCAAUGAAUUCACACUGUUACCAAAUGUUCAGCUUUGCAGCUUUUAUGCUGCAUUCUACCCAAGACCACUAAUAUCCAAAACUGUUCAUUUUAUACAAAUGCCGACCAUGUUUCUUGCUCACAUUAAUUUGUCCCUUUUUGAGCUAUCCUCUUAUUGCUUGUUGACCUUCAGUUGUAAGCAAUUCUGAUCAUUUGUUACCAAGUUUGCAGUCUCUUUUACUUUCAUAAUAUUCCAAGUUAAAUAUUAAAUUAAUUUCAUUCUGAGACCCAUUCUGAGUAAACUCUCACCCACAUUCCUUUCCAAUUAUGACUACGCUAUGCACAGUCUUUUUGAAGCAUGUUUCUUGAAAGCUCUUGUGACUUAAACAAUGACUUAAUUAUUUACAAUUGUAAUUUGGAUUUAUAUUUUAAGAUGUAUUAUGUAAUAAUGCAUUCCAGAAAUUGGAAAUUGUGUUGAUCAGUGUAGCUGUAAAAGGC